GUUUUCUGAAGUCGAGUUCGAGCACAGUGUUUGGAGCAUUCCGAUCGUUUCUGGAUUGACGGAUGUUGGCUGGUUCGACCGACUGUUUGCCAGCAUGUUGGUUUUGCUGAACUUGGGUAUGCAAACUGCAUUUUCCUGGAUUCUGCUCACCGACGCCUUCAUAGGGGAAGAUUUCGAAGCUAAGGUGGGCAGCGCAAAGGUAUGGCGGACAAGCAUUGCCCACGACCACAAGUACUCCGAUUUUGCGGACACCAGCCUGGUGUCAAGAGUUUGCUCCGGAGAUGGUGCGCUGAUUCUUUCCACCAUACAGGCAACUCUCGUGACUCACAUCAACUCCUACCUUGGGCUGCAGGAGCGGGACUUCGCACCAUCGAUGUUCGAGCCCGGUGUUCUUCUUUGUAUGCUUUGCAUUCUGCUGUGGGCUUUGUGUGUCUACAAGGAAUAUCGAAGAAUCUUUUUGGAGCUGGAGGCUGCUAUCGGAAUCCCAAAGUCUCGGAGAACUGUCUUCCGCCAGAACGCUUUCGUGAGUAUAUCAUGGGGCCGUUUCCUAAUGCUGCUGGUGACGUCUUUGGCAAGAGCCCUUAUAGCUUCCGUCCUCCUGGUUGCUGGCAUCCUUUGGUUGGCACGCACUACAUCCAUACAGGAACUGAUGUUGAAUGCUGUUGCUCUAAACGCCAUCUUGGAUGUCGAUGAGUUCCUCUUUGCAGGUAUGGUGCCCAUCAAGACCCAACACUUUAUAAAGGAGCUCCAGCCCAUCCAUGUGAGGUACAGCCGGAUUCGGAGUCAGUUCGAAACCUUGGUGCAUUGUAUCUCUUUGUUGCUGCUUGUUUUCACUUCCUACUUCCUCCUCUUGGCACCUCUGAGUGACACGAUGCUCAGCGUGAAGCACGAGCUCUGCGGCGGCAACCAGACCUUCGUAGCUGCCUUCAACCCAGAUACACAGUUUACCUUCGGGAAGGUCACAGCCGAUUCCCGCUAUGCGCGGGACCUCUCUAGCACCGAAAUGGCGGUGCAGGCCCAGGUGCUGGCUGGACCAGCCGAUCGAAGUAGACUACUAAGAUUCUGGGUUCCUGUUAGAGGAUUUAACUGA